CUAAAAGACUUUUUAAGAAAACAUUUCUUUUUCUAUUUUUCGAUAGCCAGAAAUACUUAAAAAAUUGUUACUUUUAGUGAAAAAUUCUUACAAAACCAAAACCUUGUUGCAAUAAAACCUGCAUUUAAGACCAAACCCCUCGGGAACCUGAUAGUUUCAGGCUUGAGGUUUGUCCAAUUGUGAUCCCUAUCGAAACCAAACACAAUCUAAUUAAAGUCAUUUUUGAGAAACGGAUGAGAGUUAAUUGAAAGAUUAAAAAGGGAGCGAAGAGUCUAUUUGAGUGUCACUGUUACUUCUCUGCAGGAAUAUUAAAAGACGUUGAGUUUCGACUACAGCCUACAGGUUUAGACAUGUCUUAUAUUCCACCACAUAAGAGGCAUUCGAAGGAUCCGACAAAGCCUACCCCUGUUCCAGAUUCUCUUGUUACAAAAUUCAAGAAGAACCUUGACUUUAAGAGUAGCACUAGCAGUGUUAAACGCAACAAGAUUAUCUAUUCAGGAGAUUCCAUUUCCAAAUGGUUUCUUGUUGGUUCAAAUGGAAUUGAGGACGAUGUUCCUUCGUAUGUUAAGUUUGUGCCCUUGUCCUCAGAUUCUGUCGAGUGUAGAAAAGGAGAAAAGCCUUCAAUACUGAUGAACAACAAUGUCCAAAAUGUGAAUAUGAAUAUUGGAGAGAGGAAGGAUGAGAGAACUCAGUGGCUAUUAGUAGCUGAGAAGGUUAUGGAGGAUCUUGUGUUGGCAUAUGAGCGAGUUAAGACUGAAAUGAAGGAGCAUCAUCAUGUAUCGAGACUGGUUGCUCGGUUUGGUAAAAUUUUCUUCUAUGGGAGUCAAGCUGGUCCUGUGGCUGAAUGUUCACUAAAAAACUUGAAUAAGAUGUUCUCUACUGAUCUCCCAAUGUCUUACUUACAACACAUAAAAUCUAAUGUUGUACCAAGCCAUGGAUUCUCUAUUGAUAAGGAGAAGGAAACAUACACUGUGAAGGUAUCGCAUUAUUCUCGUCCUAAUGCAACCAUCAACUGUAAAUGUACCCGUAAGGAAGAUGGACGGCUCAGUAUGUACAAGGUCGACCUUAAUCCUGUAAGGCAUUUGGUUGUUGAUGUGUCAUGCAUUGAUAAGAAUCUCGACAUGAGACUAACGCUCACCGCUAAGAGGGAAAUAACGUAUCUCAGUGAUAAAGAGAUAGGUGACAUUAAAGCGCUAUUGGAAUCAGCAACUGUUGAUCCAAAUGUAAAAGGCGGUUUAAGGUGGCCGUUUGGUAAAGCUUUAUCUGAAGAUGGAUACAAAGAAUUUGAAGUUUGUCACGUUAGAGCUACUAUCUACAAAAAUAAAACUCUAAGGCUUAGGGUAAGAGAGACUGAUAGAUUCAAUGAGACGACUGGAACAGGGGAAACCAAGAGGGAGGUGAGUUUGACGCUUAAAGACAUCGACACUAAAAUACAGGAGCAGAACACUGAGAGGGGUUGUGUUUUGGAGAUGCUACGAGAUGCUCUUGGAACUAUAUGGGACUUCUUGCAUUGCGAUGCCUAUCUUACAUGAUGAAGAACCAUAUGAUGUUGCUUGUUCUAUCAAGUUUCUUUUUAAUUUCUUUUACUUUCUACUGUGUUUUGGUACAAUAAUGUUGUUUUAAGGUUAUCAAGGAUUGUACUUGUGUGUGUCAAGAAAAACAGAAGUUAAGUUUUGUUACCAGUCCUUUCAUUUAUGUGAACAUGGUGUAUGAAUGACUCAUUGCAUACUGAAAUUUUCU